AUGCUGGCACCCACCGCCCGCCUAGCGGCGCGAACCUCGGCGCGUCCGUCCGCGGUCGCGCGUGCGUUUGCCAGCUCGUCUCGCAGCAUGAGCCAGGACAACAAGGGCAAGGCCAAGCCGCUCGACACUGCUCCCUUCGCUUCGACCAAAGACGAUGUUGUGGUGCCGUAUCCGGAGGACAGCUCGCGUCAUCCGGCUGAUGACGUCGGACACAACACUACCGGCGGUCGCGUCGGCCGUCACACGCAACGAACGCUCGCCAGCUUCUCCAUGGAGGGCAAGGUGUGCGUCGUCACGGGUGCGGCGCGUGGCAUCGGCAACUUGAUCGCACGUACCUUUGUCGAGUCGGGCGCGAACCAUGUGGCCAUCGUUGACCUGAACGAGGACGAGUGCCAGCACGCCGCGCGCGAGGUCGAGGAGUGGUUCACCCAGCACGGCGGUGUCAAGCCAGGCGAGCUCGACAUCCAAGGCUACGGCUGCGACAUCUCGGACGAGGCGCAGGUGCAGGACGUCAUCGGCCGCAUCCACAAGCGUUUCGGCAAGAUCCACGUCGCCGUCAACUCGGCCGGCAUAGUGGAGAACUACCCGGCCACCGAAUACCCCACGCCCAAGCUCAAGAAGCUCUUCGACAUCAACAUCAACGGCUCCUACUUUGUGGCCCGCGAGGUGGCCAAGUGCAUGAUGCAGGACCAGACCAAGGGCUCCAUCGUCAUGAUUGCGUCCAUGUCCGGAUCGGUCGUCAAUGUGCCGCAGGCUCAAGCGCCGUACAAUGCGUCCAAGGCAGCCGUCAAGCAUCUCGCCAGCUCCAUGGCCGUCGAGUGGGCCAAGGCUGGCAUCCGCGUCAACUCGCUCUCGCCUGGCUACAUGCUCACCUCGCUCAGCCGAGCUGUGCUCGAGAAUAGCCCCAACGGAAAGGAGCUGCGCACUACCUGGGAGAACCUCACGCCCAUGGGCCGUCUCGGCGAUCCCGAGGACCUCAAGGGCGCCGUCGUCUACCUUGCAAGCGACGCUUCUGCUUUUACCACUGGAAGCGACCUCAUCGUUGAUGGAGGCUACACGUCGGUGUAA